AUGUUAUGCGGGUACACACGAAAUUACGAAUGGAAUACAGAUCAUCUUUCUCGAAACGAAAGGUACUGGAGAGAACAAAGCAAUGAUUACCUGGAACGUGACGUAGGUCGCAGUGUGUAUCUCGGAUCUAAUCUCAGGCUGCGAACUUAUUUGAGGAUGUCCGUCGAAGCAGUUUCGGAGCAGUUGCAAGACAUCUCACUCAAUACUUUCAGAACAGGCGUUGCUGCUGUGAAAGCAGAGUUCUUAAUCACGAAGGACAAUGAUGUGAAACUGGCCAAUAAUGACAGCGAAAACGGAGAAGAAACUCCGCCCUCGAAUCUGCCGGCUACUAAUGUAGGAGAUGACAGACGGUCAAAGAAAGGAAUGAAUAAACAUAGAAUGAAGGAAAUGAAACAAGCUGAGACCGUAAUCCGGGCUUCGAAUGCACGAUUAUGCCCUUCAGUCAUUCAGCCGGUGAAAUGCAAGUUUGGAGAAAAAUGCAGUUUGAUGCAUGACAUCCCAGCAUUUCUCGCUAGAAAACCAGCUGACAUUGGCGAGGUUUGUCCUCUGUUCGAGGCAAGGGGUGUAUGCCCGUUCAGCUAUGCCUGUAGGUUCGGAGGUGCUCAUGUAGAUCCUGACGGAAAGCAAAUCUCAAAGGAGCCUCCUGUCCCCUACGAAGAAACCAUAAACAGUUCAUCAAUUCAUAUUCAAAUAGCUUUGCGGAAGAGAACCUUCGAUUUUUCACGGUCAGACAAGGUGGUUCAGGCUGUUAAAGAAGGACUCGUUGGUUCAAUGGAAAGAGAGAAGCCUGCACUUGAUAUGAAGAGCUUGAAGGGGAAAAAGUACCUGGCGCCGCUCACUACUGUGGGGAAUCUGCCCUUUCGACGUCUUUGCGUCAGUCUUGGCGCAGAUAUCACCUGCGGAGAAAUGGCAAUGGCUACUAGUCUGCUUUCAGGCACGCCGUCAGAAUAUUCGCUGGCGAAGCGACAUCCUUCUGAAAAAAUUUUUGGAGUACAGUUGGCUGGCGGGUUUGCAGACUCUAUGGCAAAAGCUGCACAAAUUCUAGUGGACGAGAUGAAGCGUUUGGAAGAGUAUCCAAUAGGAGGAAUUAUGAUAGGACGUGGUGCUCUGAUAAAGCCAUGGAUUUUCACUGAAAUAGAUGAGCGGAGAACGUGGGACAUCUCAGCCUCUGAAAGACUGGAUCUGCUGAAGCAGUAA